ACUCUUCUUCCUCAAAACCUAUGCUUGCAGCAGCAAGCAGCCGCAGCCAUGGCUCUCCUGCCCCUCCUCUCCAUGGUCUCUUCUUUUCUCUUCCUCUCCUCCAUGGCUGAGCUCCCAAUGCUGGAGCACCCCCUCAAGAGCGAUGGAUCUCUCAGCUUGUUGGUGAUUGGUGACUGGGGAAGGAAAGGGACAUUUAAUCAAACACUUGUUGCAGCUCAGAUGGGGAGGAUUGGAGAAAGUCUUGACAUAGAUUUUGUGGUAUCCACUGGGGACAAUUUCUACGAAGAAGGGCUGACAGGCAUUGACGACAAGGAAUUUGAGGAAUCGUUCACCAACAUUUAUGCUGCUGAGAGCUUACAGAAGCAAUGGUAUAGUGUUUUGGGGAACCAUGACUACAGAGGUGAUGUGUUGGCGCAAUUGAGCCCUGUUCUUCGGCAAAUCGAUCGCCGAUGGCUGUGUUUGAGAUCUUUUGUCCUCAACGCAGAAAUUGUGGAUUUCUUCUUUGUGGACACGACUCCCUUUGUUGAACAUUAUUGGGACAACCCCAAGGGCCAUCACUAUGAUUGGAGGGGAGUCGCCCCGCGAGAAACUUACAUUUCAAAUCUAGUAAAGGAUUUGGAUUUAGCACUGAAGGAAUCCCCUGCAAGAUGGAAGGUUGUGGUUGGUCACCACACUAUAAGGAGUGCCAGCGUACAUGGCGACACCAUUGAGCUCCAGUUACUCCUCCUUCCGAUUCUCAAGGAAAAUGGAGUUGAUUUUUAUGUCAAUGGACAUGACCAUUGCCUUGAACACAUUAGCAGCAAUGACUGCCCUCUCCAAUUCCUAACAAGUGGAGGUGGGUCAAAAGCUUGGAGGGGCAUUCUCAACUCCGUUUCCGACAAGCUUGAGUUCUUCUACGACGGCCAAGGGUUCAUGUCCCUGCAGCUCACCAAGACGCAGGCUCAUGUUGUCUUCUACGAUGCAUUUGGCAAUGCCCUCCACAAGCAGGCUAUAACCAAACAAUUCCACAGCCAAAUAUAGCUAAGUAGAGCUUGAAUAUAAACAAUCAUAUAUGGGAAAUGCUUCUUAAUUGGCCUCCAAUUUCUUAGUAACUAUGAAGCUCUAUUGAUCUUUAAGUAUUAUAUUGUAGUGCUUUAUAUGGUUGCAAGUAAUGUUGAAAACCUAAUGAUGAUGUCACAGAUGAUA